AUGUCAAAUCUUACCAAACUUGAAUUUGUGGCACUUGAUAUCUCGGGAAAAAACUACUUGUCAUGGAUCCUAGAUGCUGAGAUCCACUUGGAUGUCAUGAAUCUCGGUGAAACAAUUAAGGAAGAAAAUAAUGUGUCCCUGCAGGACCGUGCAAAAACCAUGACCUUUCUUCGCCAUCACCUCCAUGAGGAAUUAAAAAUAAAGUACCUCACAGUUAAGGAUCCACUUACACUGUGGAAAAAUCUGAAAGAACGAUAUGAACAUCAGAAAACUGUGAUUCUUCCAAAAGCUCGCUAUGACUGGAUCCACCUGCGAUUGCAGGAUUUUAAAGGUGUAAGUGAAUACAAUUCAGCCUUAUUUAAAAUCAGCUCACAAUUGAAAUUAUGUGGAGGAAAAAUCACUGAUGAUGAUAUGUUGGAAAAAACAUACUCCACAUUUCAUGCCUCAAAUGUGCUCCUGCAGCAGCAAUAUAGAGAGCGCAGAUUUACCAAAUAUUCUGAGCUGAUUUCUUGUUUGUUGGUGGCUGAACAGAAUAAUGAGCUUUUGAUGCAAAACCAUCAGUCCCGUCCCACUGGAUCUGUACCAUUCCCAGAAGCGAAUAUGUCAUCAUUUCACGGCCAUGGACGUGAACGUGGACGCAAACGUCGUGGUGGUCGUGGAUAUGGUUGCAAUAGAAAUAAUUAUAAUAAUCAUGGUAGUCAUAAUUUCUCAUUGGUUCCCAGAAGGAACUCUACACCGUCCCACCAGAAGUGGAAUUCAAAUGCGACCAAGCAGGCAAAAGAAAAAGCUUUGCAGAACAAAGCUCAUGAGAUAUAUGAUGACAAGCCUUGCUAUAGAUGUCGAAUGAAAGGUCAUUGGUCGCGUACCUGUCGUACGCCCAAACAUCUAGUUGAUCUUUACCGUGCCUCAAUGAAUGAUAAAGGAAAAAGAAAGGAAAUUGAAAUAAAUUUUAUGGAUGACGACUUGCCUGUUGAUAUUACUCACCUUGAUGUUUCUGACUUCUUUGCUGAUCCUAGUGAUAGUAUUAAUCAUUUGAUUGGUGAUGGAAAUGUCCAUACCAAUUAA